GGGGAGACUCGGUAGCUUUUUGGAAGGAGGCGCUUUCGGGUACUGGUCAGCUAUCCGAUUCGGCUGGAGAGGUGUAUGAGAUUGAAAGGAGGGGCAUUUUUGAGCUAGGCAGAUCUGUGGGGAAGGAAUUUUUUUUGCUCCACCCAUCUGAGUUAGCGCUCUUUCGGUCAGCUAAAGCUAACUCAGCUUGGAAAUAGCAACCGGGAGAGACAAAAGAGAAGGGAGGCCCCCCGAAGAAAUGAGGGAAUCCUGUCGAAUUUGUGGUCGGGAACUUUGUGGCAAUCAGAGGCGCUGGAUCUUCCAUACCGCAACUAAAUUGAAUUUCCAGGUUUUGCUCUCGCAUGUUCUGGGCAAGGAGAUCUCACGGGAUGGCAAAAACGAGUUUAUCUGCAGCAAGUGUGCCUUUAUGUUGGAGCGCAUCUAUCGCUUUGAUACUGUUAUUGCGCGCAUCGAAGCGCUGUCAAUUGAGCGGUUGCAGAAGCUGAUGCUAGAAAAGGACCGCCUCAAGCUGUGCAUCGCUGGAAUAUACAGGAAGAACAAUGUCGAGGCCAGCGACGAGACGACGGACGUCUCCAGCCUGCCAGAUCUGCGCUACUCGGCUCUCCUCCAGGAAGACUUCGCUUAUUCGGGGUUUGAAUGUUGGACAGAGCCGGAGGAACGGACUGGAGACCCACAAGGGUGCCACGCUGCAGAAAGCCGCCCUAGGCGGUGUCGGAGUUGUGCUAUGCUGCGCGUUACUGAUGCUGAUUAUGAGGCAAUUUGCAAAAUCCCACGGAAGGUGGUAAGAAAUCUGUCCUGUGGAUCAUCCAGGAGUUCUGGCAACGUUUGUAGUGAAGAGUUAAUUCUAUGUGAGCCAGUAGUUACUGACUUGCUAAGCGUCAAGGCGCCUUUGGAUGAAGAAAGAGUGGAAGGGGAAAGUCCCGAAUUGUCCCUUGGGUCGUUGGAUGCAACUGCCAUCGCUGAUACAUUACAUCCAAAAGAGGAGGAAACGGGCACAGAGGCAAAGAGAAACGCAAUGUGUAACUGUGGAGCCCAGAGCUUUUCAUUUCAGGGCAACAGGUUAGAAGUAGCCCUUAAUUUGGUGAAAGCUUUUGACUGCAAGCCAGUCCAGAGUCCCAGAGGGAGCAAGUUACCUAUUCCUGUCAAAUCAAGUUCUCAUUGGCAGAACUUCGAUAAAAACUUUUCUUCUGGCUUCUCAGAUGUGGUGCCAAAAUCUCAACCUGGCUUUGCCUUAGAGAUGUCUGAUCUGCAGGAAUUGUGGGAAGACUUGUGUAUGGAUUAUAUUCCACUUCGAACUAAGAAUAUGUUUGAGGCUAACCAGCAGCUAACAUACUGCAACAUGUUAAAUGACACAGAACAUAUGGAAAAAAACAGCUCUUUAAAUGCUAUGAAUAAGCAGCUCCAAGACAAAGUGAAUGAAAUGGAUUUUGAACUGAAAUCUGUCCAGCAUGCAUCCAAGAAACAGGAUCACAUAAUCCAGAAAUUGAAAGAGACGUUAGAGAGCAAGGAAAAUGAGUGUGAAGAACUAAUUCAAGUAAUUCAUAAUCAGAAUGAGAAAAUAAUCGAACUGCAAGACAUGCUACAUAAGAAACAGCUUGGACAAUUACAGAACUUAGAGGGCUGUUCUUCAUCACAACAGAAACAAACAAUAGCAUUUCUUGAUGCGCAGAAUGAACUUUUCUUCACUCAGUUGGAAAUGCAAAAAUUGAAAUAUGCCCAGCAGCAAAAGGAUCGACAGUUAGCUGAGGCUAAAAGGACCAGCCACUUUCUAGAGACAGCAUUGCAAGAAGAACAGCUACAAAAAGAAGCAGCUUGGGAACAUAAUAAGGAAUUCUUUGCUACUCUUCAGCGCUUAAAAACAAAUCUACAAAACAAGAGUAUGCAAUGUUGUACUUUAGAAAAGGAAACAUUUCUGAGGCUGCAGAGACAAGAGCAGAAAAUUAAGGAUUUGACAUCCAGUCUAGCCUGCAAAGAAUGGCUUCUACAGGAAUCUAAGGAUCUUUUAGAGUAUCAUCAGAAUUUGGACAAAAAUUCUACAACUGCUGAUAAAAUGGUACAGAAAUUGCAGCAACUAAUUAAAGACAAAAAUGCUGCCCUGGAGCAAGCUAUACGGCAGAAUAGCUCUGCACUUGAAGAUAAAGAACAAGAAGUGAACCAACUUUAUUUGUCCAUAAAAGAUCAAGAUCAUGAUCUGAAAGGUCUACACCAAGUUAUUUCUGGCAACCAAGUUACUAUCCAGUGUUUACAGAGCUUGCUAAAAGCCAAGGACCUGGAACUGGAGAAACUGUUAAAAGCCAACCAGAAUUUGCAGUGGCUGAUCAAGAAUAUAGAAGCAAAAUCUCAGAAGUGGCAAUCUGAACAAGAAAGGAUUAUCCAGAAGCUCCAUGACAGGAACGAAGAAGUAGAGAACCUUUCAGCAACACUGCUAUGCAAUCUGGAGCCUGGACAGAGGGACACCGUAGAAGCCCUGCACCUCCACCUUCAGCAAAAGGAUCAGAUCAUAAAAGAAUUCCUAAGGGACAAGAGCCAGCAAGUUGUAGACCCAGUAGCUGAGCUUGAGGAGUUACUUCAAGCAUGGAACACUAGAGAGCAACAAAGUUAUAAAUAUUCCAAGAAGAUUUCACAGGUUCUUAUAGAGAAGAAUUCUGAGCUGCAAAUCCUGAAUCAGCAACUGAUUAGCCAAAUUCUUCAUCAGAAAAUGGAGUCGUCUAUUGUUCAGUUUGUACAACAAGAGGAGUCUAUUGAUGCACCAAAGCAAGAAGAUUCUAUCAUGAAUAUCCCAGCCAUGAUUUCUAACAGAGACGACAGUAAAUUCAGGAGGGAUAAAGAUGAUUUGCAAACAACUGCUAGACUUGAGAAGGAGCUUACUAAAGCAAAAGAGGAGCUUGAAUUGUUGACACAAAAAGAAAGAGAAAGCACACUGAAACUCUCUGCUCUUAAGUCUGUGGUGGCUUCCCAAGAGGAGGAGCUUCAAGUUCAAUCCUCUGAUAUUGAAGCUCUUACUAGAAGUACCCAGAUCAAAGAAGAACUAAUUAAGGACUUGCAGAUGCAAUUGAUUGAUCCUGAAGAAAUACCAGCAAUUGAAAGACUUACUCAAGAAGUUUUGAUGCUUCAGGAAAAGGUAGCAAAAAUGGAAGCACAGGGACAGGAAGCCAUAGGAAACAAGAGGCAACAGCUGCUGGUGAUGUUGGAGGGCUUAGUAGCAGAGAAGAAGCAGCUGAAUGAAACUCUGAAAGUAGAAAAACAACUCUAUUGCGAUUUGGUGAAGUGUCAUAAUCACCCUGACAGACAAGAACAGAUCCUUCAAGUAGAACUGGAGAAGAUCCAGGCACUCCGUGGACAGCUAGAAAAGGUCCUUGGAAGAAGUGAGGAGCACCUGAGCAGGCUGGAAUCAUUGGACAGCAUAGGAGGUGGGGAACAGGAGUGUGUGACAAUCCUACCCAAGCAUGCCUGCUGAGCUCUGGCCUUCCCACUACCCCUGGUGCAGAACAGAAGCUGAACUAACAUAGCAAGCUUGUGUUGACAUUGAAGAGGUUGAUUAGUAUUUGCUGGAAGUGGCAUUUUUUUACAAGCUAUGUGGGCAUAAUUCACAUUCCUAAUAUGGGCGUGUCAGGAGAAUGUAAAUACAUUUCAGUUUCUUCUUCCUUUCUAGUUGCACCCACUUUCAUUUUCCCCUCCCUUCAAUUUGGCUAAAUAAAGAUUAUUCCUAUCCCCA